UCCCUUUUGCAAUCUCAUCACGCUUCUGAGUCGACGCAAGUGGUAUAUCAUGUAUACGAAUGGGCGUACUACAUGUACUUAUACUUGUAGGACCUAUAGAAUCUAGACAGGGACUGUGAUCAUCUUCUAAGCUAUCACAUCAUGGGUCAAAUCCCUAAAUGGUCCACUUGGCCAGUCCACUGCGGCUAUGUAGCGCUCUGAUUGUUUGCUGCACCACCCACAUCUCUCAAUAGAGACCUUUGCGGAUCAAAAGAUUCAACAAUGGUUCCACAGUUCCGUCUGGUAUAUAUUCAGCUCACCCGUUGUCAUUCCAGUCUACCAGAGCCCCUUACUUCCUUCAAAUCACUUAACUCACUAUUUUUGAUCGCGACAUAGACUUGCAUUGCAUCAUGUGUAAAUUUGUAGUUCCCAUUCGUACUUGCUCGAAGUGCCACCAAAACGAGCCGCUUUUCAACGAGAAGGAAAGGCGGCUGUCGCAUGUCAUUGAAAAGAAUGAGCGAAAGCCAACAUACAUGACACCUCCCCAGGACUGCUAUUCGCGGUGGUGUGUCUUCAGCAGUGAACACCCUGUUACUUGCCACUCCUGUUGGAUCACUUGUAAACAAACACAUGGCAAAACACGCGAGAUUCGGGGUGGCUCACCUUCGUAUGUUUGCCACAACUGUGCCUCAUGCCCUCGGCGGUGUUGUCCGAGGCAGCCGCUUCAGGACGUGGGCAAUGGCAUGCUUCGUCGACGGGAACUUGGUUGGUUUGCUGGGUCAACAAGAUCCUCCGCCAAAUAAUAUCCGGCGCAUGGCGUUUGUAUAUACAUUUGUUACCCACUGCGAAAUAAUAAAUCCAUUCAUACGCCGUUGCUUUCAGACUAA